CCACUGAUCUGAGGAUUGCGCUACUGAGUCGCUGAGUUUCCUCUCACCUGCGGACAACAACAUGCCCAACUGACUGACAGAGUGGAGUAUACUGCUUGGAGGUGAAGCAGAAUGGCGUUCCGCAGAUCUACCUCCUCCGCCUGGACAGAGUCAAGAGGGACUGGACGAGGCUUCAUCCAAGUGGCCACGGCUCUCAGCGAGUCCUCCUCCAUUCACAGUGACACCUUGUACCACCUGACCAGGGAUGUGUCCAUGAUGGGCCUGGACCCUUUGUCUUAUAGCAUCCUGGAAGCGGAACCUUAUAAAGAGGAAGUGCGUAAUGAGGAGACUCACAGUCUACUAAAGCGGCACAACAUGCAGACUGACGACAAGAUCCCAGUUGUUAGUGCGGCAUCAAGCCCUCAAGACAGCGGCGAGGGCCUCCACUUCUCCGAUGGCCGCCGGAAAGUCGACUAUGUUCUGGUCUUUCAUCAGCCAAGACACAGCUCCGUCCGGUCCCCCGCCAGCACUUCGGUUUCCCAUGACCGACUGUCCAUCGUUUCCAACGGCAACUUCCCGCCGUCGCUGGGCUCGGAGGGAAGAGGAGGGGGAGGAGGUGGAGGAGGAGGUGGUGGUGGUGGUGGGGAGUCUGUGAGCAUCGGUGAGGUGUUUAUGGAGCUUGACAGUGGAGGAGGGAAUGAGGCGGCUGAGCCUGCUGACCAUGAGAUGCACCUGAUCAGGCAAGAGUUUGAGGCCAACCUGCUGGAGGCCGGGCUGGAGAUAGAAAGAGACAGAGAGGUGAAGGCCCAUGGGCCGAGCUUCACUCGUCUUCAUGCUCCCUGGCCAGUGCUCUGCAGAGAGGCGGAGUUCCUCAAAAUUAAAGUCCCAACCAAGACACGCUAUGAAAUUAAAGAAGAAGGCGCAUUCAGCAGCAGCAUGAGCAGUAUGUGGAGGAAACUCAAGCAGCCUUUCCAGCCCAAAGUGCUGCAUCAGGACCACGGCCCCACAAAGUUCCUCACACACUGCUUCUCCAGGGACAAGCUCCACCUGUACAACAUCACAUCGAAAGACACGUUCUUCGACAACGCCACCAGGGGUCGAAUCGUGUAUGAAAUCUUAAGACGAACCGUAUGCGCACGAACCUGUCAGACAAUUGGUAUCACCACAUUGAUCGCAAAGGGUGUCUAUGAUGCUGCCUUCCCUUUACAUGAUGGGGAUUAUAACACCACCGGACACCCUGAAGAGAGGAAUGAUCGGCAGGUUUUACAUGAAGAGUGGGCCAGAUACUCCGCCUUCUACAAGUACCAGCCCAUUGAUUUGGUCAGGAAGUACUAUGGAGAGAAGAUUGGCCUGUAUUUUGCAUGGCUUGGUGUUUAUACUCAGCUUCUGGUGCCAGCCUCCAUUGUGGGAAUCAUCGUGUUUGGCUACGGGGUAGCAACAGUGGACACCAACAUACCCAGCCUCGAGAUGUGUGAUGAGCGUUUCAACUUCACCAUGUGUCCUCUGUGCGACGGAGCCUGCGACUUCUGGCAGCUCAGCACUGCCUGCGGCACCGCCAGAGCCUCACACCUGUUCGACAACCCCGCCACUGUCUUCUUUGCCAUCUUCAUGUCUCUGUGGGCUGUGCUGUUUCUGGAGCACUGGAAGCGCCGUCAGAUCAGUUUAAGCUUCAGUUGGGAUUUGACCGGCAUUGAGGAGGAUGAGGAACACCCCAGGCCUAAAUAUGAAACUAUACUCCUUCAGAAGAGACAGCGGAAGCAGAAGAAGAAGAAAAAGAAGAAAAAGAAUCAGCCAGUGAAGCAGGAGGAUGGGACAGUGACAGGGAAGGACAGAUGGAAGAGAAAACUACUUUCAGCCAUGGCUGCAGGAAUACCGGCUGCCAUUGAAAAGUUAACCUGGAAAGACCGUCUUCCUGGAUAUUGCAUCAAUGUUUCCUCCAUUCUUUUCAUGUUCGGCUUGACCUUUUCAGCAGUUUUUGGCGUCAUCAUCUACCGCAUCACAGUGUCGGCCUUGAUGGCCAUGAGCCCCGACCCGGAGACAAAAUCCAACGUCCGCGUCACCGUGACAGCCACUGCGGUCAUCAUCAACCUGGUGGUUAUUCUGAUCCUGGAUGAGAUCUACGGCGCAGUGGCUGUGUGGUUGACCGAGCUAGAGAUUCCAAAAACUGAGACCAACUUUGAGGAGCGCCUCAUCCUGAAGGCCUUUUUGCUGAAGUUCAUGAAUGCAUAUGCACCCAUCUUUUAUGUGGCUUUCUUCAAGGGACGGUUUGCAGGUCGACCUGGAAGUUAUGUGUACGUCUUCAAUGACUACCGAAUGGAAGAGUGUGCUCCAGGAGGCUGCCUUAUUGAGCUGUGCAUUCAGCUCAGUAUCAUCAUGCUCGGGAAGCAGCUAAUCCAGAACAACAUCUUUGAGAUUGGCAUCCCGAAGUUGAAGAAGUUGGUGCGUACGCUGAAAGAUAAAGGAGGAGUGGAGAAGGAAGAGGAGGAGGAAAGGCCACCGCAGCAAUGGAACCUGGAUUACGCCCUCGCCCCCUUCGAAGGCCUCACGCCCGAAUACAUGGAAAUGAUUAUCCAGUUUGGCUUUGUGUCUCUGUUCGUGGCCUCCUUCCCGCUUGCGCCCCUUUUCGCCCUGCUGAACAACGUCAUCGAGAUCCGACUGGAUGCCAAGAAGUUUGUUACGGAGCUCCGCAGGCCGGUGGCUGCACGCGCCAAAGACAUUGGUAUUUGGUACAACAUAUUGAGUGGCAUGGGAAAAUUCUCAGUCAUAAUAAAUGCCUUUGUGAUCUCCUUCACGUCGGACUUCAUCCCUCGACUGGUCUACCAGUACAUGUACAGUCACACGGGCACCAUGCAUGGCUUCAUCGACCACACGCUGUCCUACUUCAACGUGUCCAAUUUCAAACCUGGCACGGCACCGCACAACUCUCACCACGGAGAUGUCACUGUCUGCAGAUAUAAAGACUACAGGGAACCUCCCUGGUCUCCAGAGGCGUACCAGUUCUCCAAACAGUACUGGUGUGUCCUAGCAGCAAGACUGGCCUUUGUCAUACUCUUUCAGAACCUUGUGAUGUUCCUCAGUCUCGUCGUUGCCUGGGUGAUUCCGGACAUCCCCAAAACCAUCGUGGAGCAGCUAAAACGUGAAAAGAAGCUGUUGGUGAACCUCUUCUUACGAGAGGAAAAGGACAAAUUUCAGCUCAUCCAGAGCCUUUUCGCCAAGGAUGCCCCCCACGACCCAUUACCCAUCCCGGGCCGCUACAGCACCUUACCCCAGUGCCCGACUCAGGCACUGGCUGGGGACGAAGGAGGAGGGCCCAGGGCGAGGUGCAGGGCGGCCAGUUUCAGCUUGUACACCAGGAAGAUUCCCCCGUCGCCCAGGAAUGAGAAUUCAAGACACACAGCUGUGUGACAAAACCCUGAGGUGUGCUGCGAUGAAUCAAAUCGCGGCUUCAAACAUCAAGUAUGAACACAACGAUCUGAAUGUGUGUGUGUUGUUCCCACCUGACCAAGUGUUAUCAUUUUUUUUUACUGAAAAGUGGGGCUUACAGCUUCAUAGCGUAGACAAGCAAUAAUACUCUAUUAGGCUGAACUGAACAAGAACAAAAAAAUCACUAGAUUCAGCCAAUGUGGAACAUUAGUGUAGAUUGUACCUUCAGGGACACAAAUGGACUCUUUUUUUUUUUUUGCAACAGUGAUGGAAUGCUUCUGCUUUAUGUGCUUAAUUCUGCUAGUUGUAUGUAUUUAUUUUCAAACCGAACUCGUAGCAACUACAGAACAAAAUAUUUUAUCUACUUAUUUCCUGUUUGUGAAAGAGCUUCCUGAAAGUGCUUAUUGUUUCUAUUGUCCGUUGAGGGGUGUCCAAACUGUGGUGCGGGGUCUAUUUUAUUUUUUUUAUUGUCAAAAAAAAAAACGGUAAGUCAUUAUUAUUGAGACUAAUUUGCUUUGUCACUUAUUUUGCUUUGUCACUUAUAGCACAAAGUUAAGAUGUGAAUGUUUCGUUCGGAUGUUUUGUUGUAUCCCUGACCUACAUUUGGUUGGUGUCAGCAUCUUUCAUGUACAAAAUGUAUCAAAGUGGCCCCAUCAUCCUUCCCCCUCCCAUCCUUUUUCUGUACGCGACACUUGCUGGAAAAAGUUUGGACACCGAUGGUUUACAUUUUAUUUCAAUGCUUCUGUUAUUCUUUUGCCACAUUUUUUUCACGUUUCUCCACUGAAUGAAAUACAUGUGCUAAACUACAGUAUGAGCCACACAACUUCCUGCCUGUUUAAAUUGUAAACUUUUCAAGAAAAGUCAAUAGCUGCUGUCAAUUUGUGUUGUUGGACAACUAAGAAAUCCACUUCAGUCUCCUUAAAUAUUUGCAACAUGCUGCAAAAUGUCAUUUGUGUUCCAGAGGCCUUGUUUCGCUAUGACGACAGAACAUCUGUGUGUUCUCUUACGCUCCAGCAACAGACUGUUACGUGUAUUUUGAUCGACUUAGAGCAAGCAGAUUGUGGUUGUGGUAUAUUUGUUUGUCCUUCACAGAGACACUUCAAGACUUAGGCUGGUUUAGAAAAUUUGUGUCUAAAAUAAUUUCAGUAUUAUUGUAUGAAAUGUUCCUUUUAUCACAAGGUUCUUUUUUAAUUUAUCCUCUGCCUUUUUUGACUCCAAAUAGAGAAAGGUUCAAAUGAAAACAAUAAACAUGUGAGAAGGAUGUGGACUUAUCUUGUUGCAAGACUGUACAGUUAAUGCAUUUUGUCUGGUCUUCAAAUGUUUAUUUGGUAAAACAGUUGGUCAAGCCUAACAAAUAAGGUUUCUCAUGUUUUG